CUACCAACGCUCUCGGUCCUUGAAUCUUUCGUCCAAUACACCGCAGACAGAUCGCGACGCUGAUAUCCAUAUACACACCACACACCCAGACAUCCGAUCCAUCACACCACUGCCUAUAGCCCUUCCUCCCCAUCCCGCACGUAUCAUUAAUGAUGGCCUCCGCAUCAUCGGGAUCCUUUGAGGAUUCGCCCGACGCCUCCACGACCCCUUCGACGGCAUCCGACUCAUCCUCCGCACAACCCCAUAUGCAGGAGAAAUCUCCUGAUGAUACCUCGAAACUUCGCAUGUUCUUGAGCAUCCUGCGGAAGUUCAUCGGCGUUGCCGACAUUGCUUCCGUGCGAUUCUCGCUGCCGGCGCAGCUCCUGGAGCCCACCCCGAACCUUGAGUACUGGAACUAUCUCGACCAACCCGAUACAUUCAUCGCUAUCGGGGACUCUGAUGAUCCGCUGGAUCGGAUGCUGGAGGUGUUGCGAUUCUGGUUCACGAAGGAUCUGAAGUAUGUCAAGGGGAAGCCAUGCAAACCGUACAACUCCACGCUUGGCGAAUUCUUCCGGUGUAACUGGGAGGUGGAGGACACGGCUCCGCCUAUCUCUACGAUCAAGCAACAGACCGCUCCGAGCAGCGCAGCGUCGUCGGUGAAAUCGGGGACAGCCUCAAGGAAUUCCACGGCCGCACCCAAGAAACCUGUCAGGGUAUCAUAUCUCACAGAGCAGACCUCCCACCACCCUCCCGUCUCGGCAUUCAUCGUCGAUUGUCCCGAGAAGGGUAUCACGGCGCGAGGCUUUGAUCAGCUCUCCGCAAAGUUCACGGGUACGAGUAUCAAGGUGACACCGGGAGAGCACAACCUCGGGAUCUUCAUCACAUUGGCAAAGCGGGACAAUGAGCAAUACCAACUCACGCAUCCGGCCGCCCACCUGGGGGGUCUUUUACGCGGAAGUCUCAGCGUGACGGUCGGUGAUCAAUGCUACAUUACUUGUGCGAAGACCAGGAUAAAAACCAUCCUCCACUAUAUCGAAGAGGGAUGGCUCGGAAAGACGCAGAACAAGGUGGAGGGGGUGAUCUUCCGCUACGAUCCCGAGAACGACAACAAGAACAGGAUACGGGAUGUGCCAGAGAAGGAUAUCCUGGCCCGGAUAUCAGGCAACUGGCGAGAGAGGUUAUUCUUCUCCCUCGGACCGAAAUCUGAUACCCAAACCCUCCUAAUCGACCUCGGCCCCCUCUCCGUGGCGCCCAAGAUCCUACCACCCUUGGACAAACAACUCCCCAACGAAUCCCUCCGCUUCUGGUCCGGCGUCACCAACGCCAUUAAAUCACGGCAAUUCUCCCGGGCCACGUCCCUGAAACAAGAGCUCGAAGAGCGCCAGCGCGAGAAAGCAAAGCAGCGCGAAGAGAGCGGCACGAAAUGGGAACCGCGCUUCUUCACGGGCGCCGUCACGCCCCUCGGCCGUCCCGAGCUCACCGAGGAUGGGAAAGAGGCUCUGCAGGGACUGCAAGAAGGCCGGUGGGAGUUAAAGGAGAGUCUUGUCACGGGUGCAUAGCGAGCGAGCGUCAUAUAUCAUAGUAGGAUAAGCUGGGCUGGGCUGGGCUGGG